GAAAUUAGUAAACAGAGUGGCACACUGUUACUAGGUUAUUCUUCGAAUGAAAUCCGACCAGAAUUCGUGGAUUUCCUGGCUCUUCAACGCACAGAGAUAUAUGAAUACGCUAUGAGCCUCAAAGAUGAAAAUUUUAUAAUAAAAGAUUUCCAGCCAUGGAAAGAAUUGUACGUCCAUUCAUUGGCCGAUGCCGGAUUCCAUAAUAAAGCAUUUCGUUAUUGCGAGAAAUUGGUAGAUGAUGUCUUGAAGCAUUCAACAUCCUUUACUAAAGAUAUGAUAACGCGACUUCAUGCGUUAUCCAUGAGACUUUACAGACGAGAAUUUAUUGCGCCGUUAUUAGAUAUGAACGGACGCCUGCAACAAUUGUUAGAUCUACUCAAGGAAAACAACGAAACCUUAGGGCACUCGUUCUUGUCUACCAGCAGCUGGCAAACAUUGGCGCAACAACUACCUCAGCAAUCACAACUUCCACAGGAAGUGCCGUAUGAACACACGCAAAACAUUGAUAAUAAAGAAGUUCAAAAUUCCACUACAAUGGUACCUACAAUGUUUGUUCCUCAAACAAAUAGUGACAUAGUCCAGGAACAAGUUUUAUAUCGCGAGGACAACAAAGCUUCUCAGAGUUUCGCUCAAUUCGAGCCCACCGCUGCACCAAGUGGCAACAUGUCCUACACCGGGGAAUUUCAAGCUCAAGAGCCAGUACCAUCGCAAGGGAAUUACCCCUACGGGGUUGCUCCCACCGACCAAACUCUUCCACCGGAGAAUUACCCCUAUGAAAAUGUCGCACAAGCAGUUCCGAGCAGCAUAGAGCACAAUGAAACAGGAUUACCAAGUUCUGGCACAAACUUCUACGAAGGGGACUCUUUUGAGCAUUUGUUACGGAAGCAGCCGAGUAAUGCUAGUGUUAACGCAGUCGAAACAAGUGGAAUUUCAGCGCCUGCGACUUCAGAUAAUAGUUUUGAUUACUACGCUCAAUCUAACUUCAGGGAAUCAAAUAUUGCGAAUGGCGCAAAGAAGGAAGAAACUCAAGCCCAGACCAAGGAAGAGAAGAAGACCAAAAAAGACGAUAACAAGAAGUCAGAGAAACAGAGUGGAGGAUUGUUUACGUCAUUUGGCGGUUUCUUGAAAUUUUUCAUUCCCAAAGGCAAGAACGAGAUUAUCUUACCUGACGAUAAGAAGAAAACUAUCUAUUGGGACGAAAAAGAAGGAAAGUGGGUGAACACGGAAGAAGGUGAAGAGGAGAAAGCUGACUUGUCUCCACCACCAAUUGAUCCAUCUUUGAUUGGCGGUGCCCAACCUGUCAUGCCUACCAUCCCAUCAGGAACUGUUGGACAACCUACACCAACAUCUGGCACAUCGAGUGCAGAUACCGGUUUCUCAAACACACCGCAACUUCCAGCAUCCCAGGCUUCAUCAGCGUCGCAAACUCCUCCUGCGGCAAAAGCUCCACCAAUCAUUCCUGGCGCUUUUACUCCAGAUCAACCAGAAAUAUCGUUGAUUAAUUCACUAUUAUCGACACCUAGCCGAUUUUCGCGUAGAGCUCACAGCUCGAAAGGUCGUAGAUCGAACUAUGUUGAUGUCUUGAGUGCCUCAGGGGCAACGACGAAACCUAACGAAACCGCGUCACAUCUCCUUUUCCAACCGUUUCCAGCACCACCAGGGAAUCAGGCACCAAUAACAAGCAACAUUCUGUCGAAUACUGAAGGAUCACUGAUGCCGCCAGCUAGUCAAAGCAACGGCGUUGACCAGAGCAGUGUAGCCAACAAUACUGUGGAGGAACAGUCGACUUACUCACAGGAUGUUUUCCUAAGUGUGGAAUGA